AUGAAUCUACCUUUGCUUUGCCACCCUGCUGGAUCACAGGACGUCGGGGGAGGUUCCACCUGUUCUUCUUUCGACAUGAAGCUCAACCCCAAUGUAGCGUCCUCUCGGCGUAAGAGCCGCAAGGCGCACUUCGGAGCCCACUCCGAGGCCCGCCGGGUGCUCAUGUCCGCCGGCCUCAGCAAGGACCUCUUCGAGAAGUACAACGUCCGAUCCCUCCCCGUGCGGGCGGGUGACGAGGUGAUGGUGGUCCGAGGGGCGUACAAGAACCGCGAAGGGAAGGUCGAGACCUGUUACCGCCGCAAGUUCGUGAUCCACAUCGAGCGCAUCACGAGGGAGAAGGCCAACGGCAACACGGUGCACGUGGGCAUCCACCCGUCCAAGGUCCAAAUCACCAAGAUCAAGAUGGACAAGGACCGCGCGGCGCUACUGGCCCGCAAGGACCGCUCCCGCAACGGCGGCAAGCCCGCCGCCGGUGCUGCGGACGCCGACGUCAACAUGGCGGGCGUGGACUAGAUAACCCCCGAACCCCGGGUGCAAGAACAAAGAAAGCCUGACGUGUAGGAAACCCCAGGAGAGCAGGAGUGGAUGGGGCCUCGUGCAUCCGCCGCUGGGGCACUGUGUGCCCCCCUCCGGGUGUGCCCUCCGGGGGGGGAUAAUUCUGGCGUGCCUUCAAUGGAUGAUGGCGUUGGUAAAGGAAGGGGGCUUUUAUUGCCCCCUUCUUUUUCUUGCGUGGAGUUACGUGGGUAUUCUUGUUCCCCCUCGUCGACCUCAAGAUGUGAUCAAUCUCUGCAGGAAAUAAAAAAUAAAAACAAAGAAAAAAGCCACAGGCAUGCGGGGACAUUCGCCACGUUUCACGUUGUCUGCGGAAAAUUGCGCCACAUGGGUCUUUGACCAAUCAGCAAUGUGCGUGCCACUUUUCCUUUUGUUUUUCUCCAAAGGAUAGCUUCCCUGCCCGCCGCGCGUGUUUGCUGGGCUUCGUCUUUCACACCACAAUGUCCUGUUGGACAAUGAUGGUCGCGUGUCAUUCGACAAUCAUCAACACGGUGGCUCGAAGUCACGCACUCGCACAUGAUUAUGUCGUGUGAGGUUGCACCGUGUCUUCGGUGAACGUUGUGCUUCCUUUCUGUUGGUCGUGCUGUUUCGGUUGCCUUCGCCCUGCCGCCCUGCGCCGCGAACCUGGCGGCUGCAGCUGCCUGUCUCGUAUUCCGGUCGAGUCACCUUCCAUUGCUCCACAAAAAUCACAGCUGCAUCGCGCGCUGCCGCUGAUGCAGUUCGUCCACUCACGCUAACGAUGACAUUAUCGGGGGAGAGAAGUCGGCCCUGGCGUUACACUACCCGGACAUGCUGUCAUUUUUUGGCGAAAUCAAGCCAACGAAUAUCGUCGGCGUU